GUCAAAUUUUCAAUCGGACUUCGGGUUGAAACUCUCAGACUCCGAUCAAGAUCCAACCUCUUCCCUUUUUCUUUCUCCUCAAGCUUUAACCAAAAUCCCAUAAAAUCCUUAGCUGAAGAAAAUUUUUUUUUUAAAAAAAAUUAGGGUUUCAAAAUUUAGAUCCUCUCCGUUCAAAUCAACGAAACCUAAAAUUCUCCAAUGGAGAGAUUACACCGUAUCUUCUCCGGCGCCGGCGGCAUGGGCCACCCGCCGACGGACUCGCCUCUCCUCGACUCAUCGGAGCAAGUCUACAUCUCAUCUCUCGCCCUUCUCAAGAUGCUCAAGCACGGGAGAGCUGGGGUUCCGAUGGAGGUCAUGGGGUUGAUGCUUGGAGAGUUUGUCGACGAGUACACGGUGAGAGUCGUGGAUGUGUUUGCGAUGCCGCAGAGCGGAACUGGGGUUAGCGCUGAGGCUGUUGAUCAUGUGUUUCAGACUAAUAUGCUUGAUAUGCUCAAGCAAACUGGAAGGUAAUCAAAUGAAAGGUUGUCUUUUUAGGUGUCUUUUAAUUUAAAUCUGCUUUCUUUGGGCAGAAAUUUAUCCUGGUGAUACCCUUUAGUUUUAUCCUGAUAGUUUUCGGUUCUAUUGUGAUAUCUUUCUAGUUCUUGUGUUGCUCUUAAUUUUAUUGAGAAAUCCUCCCACGACCCGCUUGCCCAAAU